UUGUCCUCCUGCCGCUGCCGUCCCAGAGACAGUAUCACUCGCCGAGUUCCGGGGCACUAAGAGGUGUGUUUCGGGUAGCCGGCUGGCGUUACCGGCACCAUGGAGUCCCCUUUUAGCCCCGGACUUUGUCACAGACCAGAUGAAGACUGGGAUUCUGCACUCUUUGCUGAACUUGGUUAUUUCACAGACACGGAUGAGCUGCAGUUGGAUGCAGCAAAUGAAACUUACGAAAGUAAUUUUGAUCAUCUUGAUUUUGAUUUGGAUUUGAUGCCUUGGGAGUCAGACAUUUGGAACAUAAACAACCAGUUCUGUACAGUUAAAGAUAUUAAGGCAGAACCUCAGCCACUUUCUCCAGCUUCCUCAAGUUGUUCGGUCUCAUCUCCUCAGUCAGUAGACUCUUGUUCUUCAACUCAGUAUGUUCCUGAGGAGUUGGACUUGUCUUCUAGCUCCCAGCUGUCUCCUCUUUCCUUAUAUGGAGAAACCUGUAAUAGUCCAUCCUCAGCAGAGCCACUAAAGGAAGACAAACCCAUUAUUGGUCCUAGAAACAAAACUGAAAAUGGAAUGACUCCAAAGAAAAAAAUUCUGAUGGGUUCAAAACCUUUAAUUCAACCCAAGCCUUUAUUACUUCCAGCAGCACCCAAGGCUCAAGCAAACUCCAGCGUUCCAGCCAAAACCAUCAUUAUUCAGACACUGCCGACACUUAUGCCGUUGGCAAAGCAGCAUCCAGUUCUCAGUCUACAGCCGGCACCUGCUAAAGGUCAGACCAUUGUGCUCUCUCAGCCUGCUGUGGUUCAGCUUCAGGCUCCUGGGGUUCUGCCCUCUGCUCAGCCCGUCCUUGCCGUCUCUGGGGGAGCCACACAGCUGCCUAGUCAUGUGGUGAAUGUGGUGCCAGCGCCUGUGGUGAGCAGCCCAGUAAAUGGAAAACUUUCUGUGACUAAACCUGUCCUGCAAAGCGCCACAAGAAGUGUAGGCUCAGAUAUCUCUGUGCUAAGAAGACAGCAACGUAUGAUAAAAAAUCGAGAGUCUGCUUGUCAGUCACGCAAGAAAAAGAAAGAAUAUAUGCUUGGGCUAGAGGCCAGGUUAAAGGCUGCUCUUUCAGAGAAUGAGCAACUGAAGAAAGAGAAUGGGUCGCUGAAGCGGCAGCUAGAUGAAGUUGUAUCAGAGAACCAGAGGCUUAAAGUUCCCAGUCCAAAGCGAAGAGCCGUUUGUGUGAUGAUAGUCUUGGCAUUCAUAAUCCUGAACUAUGGACCUAUGAGCAUGCUGGAACAGGAUCCCAGGAGAAUGAACCCUAAUGUGCACCAUGCAAGUCAAAGGAGGCAUCUUUUAGGAUUUUCUGCUAAAGAAGAACAAGAUACAUCAGGUGAUAUCAUCCAGAAAAGUAGCUACAGAUACGAUCAUUCUGUUUCAAAUGACAAAGCCCUAAUGGUACUAACUGAAGAACCACUACUUUAUAUUCCUCCACCUCCCUGUCAGCCCCUGAUUAACACAACUGAGUCACUCAGGUUAAAUCAUGAACUUCGAGGUUGGGUUCAUAGACACGAAGUAGAAAGGACCAAGUCAAGAAGAAUGACAAAUAAUCAACAGAAGACCCAUAUUCUUCAGGGUGCUCUGGAACAGAGCUCAAAUUCUCAGUUGAUGGCUGUUCAAUAUACAGAAACCACUAGUAUCAGUAGGAACUCGGGGAAUGAGUUACAAGUAUAUUACGCUCCACCUGGAAGUUAUCAAGACUUCUUUGAAGCUAUUCGCAGAAGGGGAGACACAUUUUAUGUUGUGUCAUUUCGAAGGGAUCAUCUACUGUUACCAGCUACAACCCAUAACAAGACCACAAGACCAAAAAUGUCAAUUGUAUUACCAGCAAUUAACAUAAAUGAAAACGUGAUCAACGGGCAGGAUUAUGAAGUGAUGAUGCAGAUUGACUGCCAGGUGAUGGACACCCGAAUCCUCCACAUCAAAAGCUCCUCAGUUCCUCCGUACCUCCGAGAUCAGCAGAGGAAUCAAACCAGCACCUUCUUUGGUUCCCCUCCAGCAGCCACAGAGGCAACCCACGUUGUCAGCACCAUCCCCAAGUCAUUACAGUAAUGCUGUGCAGUGAACUGGGAAAACAGAAACAGACCUGUCAGACGGAAGAGUGGGCAGGAGAAAUGCUUCUUUCUGUCUCCCUGGCAGCAGGAAGAGAGCUGCCUUACACUCUGGGUCAGGGAGGAGAAAGGAAGAAGGAGCUGCUGGUCUUCCAAAUUGCCAGAAUUUAGGUGCCAGGGAACAUUUCUCCAUUGGCAAAUGUAGCCUGCGUCCUCCAGUGUUACCUGGUGUAGAUCCCCCCCCCAUACCUUUCUAAACUGCUUUUCAUUCUAUAUUUGUGUUUAAAUAAGAUCUACUUCCCCUUCCUGCCAUCGUGCUUGUUCAUAAAGUUUUUAUUUAAAGCUAUAGCCCUCAGAAACACAGAUGGUUUCCACUGAUUGGUUUUCUCUUUCCUUUACUGAAAAUCUAUUCUGGAUACAGUGCUUGAGAAAAUAAAUUUGAAAACCAGAACACCCAAAAACAUCCCACAAAGAGUCAAAACUAUUUGGAGCUUUGGGUGAACAAGGAAUAUCCCUAGUUGGUAAAGUUUACUUUUGCUUGGGAUUUGUGGUUCAUAUGUAAACAAGUAACUGCGUUGGACAUCUGAGCAUGGGCCACAAAUUUGAGAGAAUGGAAGGGAAGCGGAAACUCAGUGAGGGCCUCAGGAGAGGAGGCAGCGCCAUUAAUACAUGUGCUUAAAGCACUCAGAGUUUGAUGCUGUUGCAGCUUAAGAUGCGAGCCGCAGCUGUUGAUCAUCGGAUUCUAGGCUGCAGAGUGGUGGCGUGCAAGCGGAUAUCUCUUGGCUGAUCUCAUACCGAUGCUCAGGGGCCACAGGACAGAUCCCUCCUUUCCAUUACAUAUCCUCCAUGGCACCAAAUUCAUGGAAGGAUCAUGGAGGCAACUUUAGACUUAAGCACGGCAGGAGCUUCUUCUCUUGAAAACUGACAGGUAUUUUUUCUUAAGAUGAUGCAGACAGGCAAGCAGAGAUUCCUGCUGAGGGAGUGUGUCCUAUAACAUGGCAAUCAUUUUUAGUUCCAUGAAAAGACAGUAAGUGAACUCUUUUGUUGCUCAAGGAAGAGCCUCUCUCACUCACAUUGUAGUGAACUUUGCCUGCUUUCUUCGGCAGAGUAGACAAAUUAUGCUUCACGUGGUGACUUCACACACACAGGUCUCAGGCAACAGUGUCCUUGCUGAUGCUCUGCCUUCAGUUUCUAAAUUGAGUCCUGCUGCUCCUCUAUUCUGAAACUUUUCAGUCUCCUGACAGAACUCAUUCUGCAAAUGCUGCUUUUCACCCCAGUUAACUUGCCUCUGUCAGAUUUCUUCCCUCUCUGUUCCAUACUCUUAUCAAUUAAUUCCUCUGCUUCCUUGCAGAAAAAAGAAAUAAAAAGUCUGUCAGCCCCUGGACUACAUGCAGCCAGUUCAUUUUCUGUCUGUGAACCAAUCAUGCAUGGCUUCUAAAAAUUGCAAGCCACCAGGACCAUUUCUAAUUCUCCAGACAGUAAUGCCUCUCAAGAUAGCUUGUUACUUUCCAAGGAAUCAAUCUAACUUGGAGGCAGAGGGCUGUCACUUAAUACCUGGCAACCUGGAGUUUGAGUGAACCUUCCUUUUGUCCCACAACACAGAUGUUUAAGUCAGUGCAGCUCUCUCCUCUGACCUGGCUCCUGGGUAAUUUUCAGACUAUUUUCCCUAGCAACUGUUCUUUUAUUGGUUAUCAAAGAAUAGGCAACAAAUGCCUAAAAGAUUGUUAGGUUACUAGGCGGUCUUCUCGUGGGAUGUUCUGUGGCCCUGCUUCUUCUUGUCCUGUAAUAUGAAUUAGCCCAACAAGAGGCUGUCACUGUGGCUAGCAGGUGGUGGUGCCAUGGUCAUUGCCAAGCUGCUAAUGCGCUGGAACUGUCACAUAUCAUGGUAGAUACAAACUCAGGAUGUCCGGAGUGGCUGUUAGUGGAGCCUCUCUUCUCUCUUUUGCACUGAAUCACACAAGAACAAGCCACCUCAUGGUGUUCUUGUCUUUAGCUCUUCGCUUUCCCUGUGCUCAUUCCUGCCAACUCCUCUGAGACCAGUUACAUCAUGUUCACCAACAUUACGGCUUCUGUGAUGGGUGAACAUGUGAGUGAGGGUCGGGGGGCACAGACAAGUGUCUGGACGGUCAGCACGCCAGUCAUGGCGCCGGGAAGUGAGGUGCUCAUGAGCGGCAGGGAGCUUUGCCUUUCUCAUUCUCUGACCCCACAGCUCCCUGCCAUCGUGCUUGAAUUGAUCUCUUUUGAUGAGGGAGCAGGAGUUUCCUCAGGGUAGAAUUUCAGGAAACAUGGCAAGUGAUGAGUUCAAAGAAGUCUGCUUUCUGAAUUGCUGGCACAGUUAUUAGUUCCUAGGAAUAACGGUAGUUGUUAUUGUACUGUCUGGGGGCCAGUGCAUGGCCCUUUAGGCAUUGGAGAGUUGCUGUGACAAGUUAAUAAGUUGAGUGAGCAUUUGAGCUUCAGUUUUUGGUGGAGUUGCCUUGGGGGGAAAUAGGUGUGUACAUAUAUAUAUAUAUAUAUAUAUAUUAAUUUAUUAAGUUUUAAAAUGAGAUUUUGGCAAGCCCUUGAGAGGAUUCGAUAAAUUGGAGGAAGGAAGUCGACCUGAGGUAGAUGAUUUCAUGUUCUUUGACCAGCACUAUUACAUUGGGAAGACGACUGCUCGCAGCCGUCUCGCCGCUAUAAGUCCCAAGUCGUUAGACCUCCUGUAAGUAAGUGGAUAUUUCUUCCUGCUGACCACUGAGUCAGGUGUCAGGAGCAUCUCUGGGGUUAACUCAUAUAGAGCAGCACGGGGACACAGCUUUGCUAGGAUGCCAGCAUCUUCAAGUUGGGAGUUAACAGGAAAGGCUCACUCUUGAGGUAUAGGAAUUGUUUGCAGUGCCUGUAGUGUAGCAACUUGAUAUGGGAUUCUUGGAUGGGGUUUACUUUUUCAAAAAUGAAAGUCUUCCACACUUAUAAUAGCUCAGAGCAGCUUUUCUUUCUUUCUUUCUUUCUUUCUUUCUUUCUUUCUUUCUUUCUUUUUUUAUGACUAAAAUUUUCAGGACAAAGUUGGCACCUCUUUGUCUUCUUGUUAGCAACAAAUAGAAAUUGGAGGUAUUUGAAAGCAGUGAUGUUAUAUGAGUCAUUCUUAAAUGUUCCCAAUAAACAUUACUUAGAAACAGACAGGGAAGUUGGAACUCAAACUGGUUUUUCUAUCACGUUUAAAGAAACACUGCCCUGAUUAGGUCUUGUUGGGCUGACCUCUCCUGGGCGUGUGUUCCUCAGUAGUCAUCACAACCCAUCAAGACACAGUCAGACACUGCCGCUGUGGCAUUGAGAGAAGUCUCGACUUGUUCAUGACUUUCAGAUGACUGUUUGAUUCUUGCCAUUUUACUAAACUCAGGUUGUGAAACUUGAGAGAAAGUUACAACAGGAAAAGCCUCAUGUUAGAGUCAAGUACAGCUACAUCGAAAGGUUUCAGGGCAAUCUCCACUUGGAAUGACAAGUAAUCACUUUUACUGUUCAUAACCUGAAGUGUCAGAGCAUGAUCCGAUGCCCCCUGUCAGCAUGAUCUCAUGGAAAGUUUCACCCUGGAAGCCUUCUUUCCACUCCAUAUUGAUGGGCUGACUCAGUCGCCUUCUGCAGACCUGCAUUAGCUGCACACGGCUGGCUGUGUCCAGGAAGACUGCACAUUGCCAGACUUGAUAGAAGCUCAUUGCCACUCUGCACCCCAUAUUCCUGUCAUUCUAAUUUACUUAAAUCCGAAUCCUUGCUGCUAAUAUCAAUCCAGUUAUAACUUUUACCAUAAAUAAGAAAAUUUAAAGAGAAUGAAAUAGAAGAACUUUUUAUUCCUACCCUCACAAUAUUUGGAAGGGCAAGUUCUUGUUUUUCUCUUACCUGCAGGGAUUAUGGCCAAUAUUUGAGGCAACAGAAACUGGACCCAAAAGUUUUUACCAGAGUCCAGCAAGAACUAUGCACAAAAAAGAAAUGCAAUUUCCUCCUACCUGAAAAAUCAAGAGAAUGUUGUGCUAACUUAUAUUUUUAAUGACUAAUCUUAAAUUUUAUUUUGGGUAGAACUAGAACUUGCCAGUUUAUUAUAUCUGUGUUACCUGUCAUGUGCAAUAAAUAGAACUUAUGGGAAAACUGAUAAAAGUGUAUCGUUAGAAAAUUUAAUCUCGUCUGUGAAUCAUGUCGUGGUUAGCCAGUGUACCUAGUAGAUGUAAUUCUCAGCUAACUUUAAGCAUGGGGGAUUUAACACAUUAAAAGACUUAAUUAUAUUAACCUUGAGAACUAAGAAUAAAUACAGUAUAUCAUUUGUUGAGGCUAAUAAACACCACUGUUAUGGUGUUUGUCCCCAAAGAAGUUGGUGACUGUGAGUUAAACCAAGUAGGAGGCUUGGCGUAGUCUCCGGCGUGCUAAUCCCAGAAUGAGAUUAGCAGAUUGGCUUUCAUAGCAAAUGUUUACUGCCUGAAAUGUUUUCAUUCAUUUUGAACCCUAAUUUAUGGGUCAGUCACCAGGAUGGAGGAGAUGAUUGGGAAAUAGUGUUUUUGAUGAAAACUGUGAAGUGCUACUAGCCUUAGAAAUUCCAGCCUCUUUUUCCAUCCUGUUGACAACUAUGGUUGGACUAAGACCAGUGAUGCUGCACCAUUUCUGAAACUUGAGGAGGGUACCAGAGAUGCCGUUUCAUGAGGGCUUUCUUCCUUAUGUUGUAUCUGUGCUAAUUUAAGUGUGCUGAGGAUGAAGAGGAAAGAUGCAUCAUUCUCUCUUUUAAUAAUUAUGUCAGUUUACAGUACAUAAAUGACAAUAAACUAUUUCAUAUUUUCAGGCAACUCUUUAUAAGGCAAUACCUGUUCUUUCUCUAAAAUUUAAAUAAAGACUUUUUAAACUUG